AUGUUUGUUUGUGCGGACAUCGGGCCGAGCAGCACGAGCGACGAUGAGACGAUGGGUCCGCGGCGCGGCGGUCGUCUGCUGAGCGGGGGCGGCGGGGGCGUGCCGGCUCCGCCGUACAGCAAGCAGGACAUCCGCGAGCAGUACUGCAUCACCAGCAAACAGCUGGAUGUGUUCGAGCGCCACCGCGCCUCCUCCGGCGGCGACUGGCUGCUCGGCUGCCUCUCCUCCUACCAGGAGGGCACGUGCCGCGCGGUGAAGCGGUCGUCGCUGCUGUCGGUGUGCGUGCGGCGGCGCGCCCCCAGCGACGAGAACCUGCCCGAGCUGUGCCGCCGCCCCCUGCCGCCGCCCCCGCCGCCCCCGCCGCCGCCGGCGCAGGUGCACCCCUCCGGCCGGCCGCACAAGCACGUCAGCUUCGCGCGCUCGCACACGCUCACCUCGUUCGACGUGGGCAGCUGCAGCCUGGCGCGCUCCAGGGAGCGCCUCGUCGACGGCAAGGAGCGCGCCGCCCUCAGGCCGCAACCGCCCGCGGACGGGCCCAAGGUGGUCGUGCUCGAGAAGCUGAAGCGUGCGCCUAUGAAGACGCAGGCGACGCAGACGGACGUGUGUCUGGGGAGGAGACCUCUCGUGGCCAACUACCUGUCCCUCAGCCCGCGCACCAUACACAGGGUGCGGAUGGUGUCGCAGUUCGCGCAGACCAACGGCGGUGGCGUGCUGGCCAACGGACGCGGCCGGCUGAUGAAGAGCUUCUCGGAGGCGGGGGGCUGCUUUGCGGACGGCGCAGUAGGCGGCCCAGGGGCGGGGGGCGUGGACGACACGUCGCACGAGCCGCUGCAGCGCACACAGUCCGAGGAGCCGCCGCGCUCGCCCUUCCUCGUCACCACGCCACGGCAGAUCCUGAUCGACUUCGAGCCGGCGCCGGUGGAGCGUCGGCCGCGGAAGCGCCUUCUGCAGAAGACGUUGUCGGAGGGCGAGAUGCUGCGCGUGGGCGUAGGCCCGGUGGGCGGCGGCGGGGGCGGCACGGGCGCCACGCCCCCCGCCAGGCUGCCCCCCGAUGAGCCGCUGGAGAAGCAGAAGCGCGCCUUCGCCUCCACGCCUGCCGGCCUGUCGGCGGUGGCGGACGAGGACGAGUUCCACGAGAACCUCAUCUUCCGCGGGCUGUUCCGCAAGCGGUCCGUGUCGCUGGAGGACGCGGGGCCGGCGUCCCUGGGACCCCUCGACAGCCCCGCCGCAGGGGAGUUCCACUCGGCGCCCCGCUCCUCGCCGUCCGCCUCCUGCGACUCGCUGGCCGGCGAGCUGCGCACCGACCACAGCGACGGCAUCUGGAACGAGUCCCAGGCCACGGUACUGCAGGCGGGCGAGGGGGGCGGCCUGGGCCUGGACACAGAGUGUGGGGCGGUGCCGGGCAGCCCCGGCAGCUUGGCGAUGACGCCGUCUUCCCGGCGGAAGCACCUGCUGCUGCUGCAGCACCAGCAGCGCUCCUCCAUGGACACCGACGCCCUCGACGAGGAGCUCGACCUCUCCGACGUCACCCAGCCGCAGCAGCCCCUGUCUCCUCGGAUUUGCAUCGACGCUCCGGUACAGCAGGCUAAUAGUGGGGCCAGUACCUGCAACGAAAGGCUGGAGCGCUACUCUCAGGACUCGGCAGGCCUGUCGCCCCGCCGCAGCCGCAGCCCACUGGGACACCGCACCUCAGAGGCCUCCGCCGCCUCCUCUCUGGAGUCCUGCGACCGCUUCUCCAGGAACGGCACAGGGACUGGCAACACUACGAUGACGAACACGACGACGACAACGACGAGCUCGGAGCUGGCCCGCACCGACUCUGGCCGCACCAACACCGACCUGUCGGAGACGAGCGAGGACUACGUGACGGCGGACGGCAACUCGCACACCGACACGGCGGGCUACGUGGCGUGGCCGGUGGGCACGCCCGUGUCCGCCCCCGGCGGCGUGGGGGCGGCGGGGGCGGGCGCGGGCCGGCGCGGCGAGGGCGACGGCAGCUCGUUCGAGAGCGGCUCCUCGCUGUACAGCGUGCCCGCCGCCGCCGAGGAGACCUCCUCCGAGCUGCAGACGACCACGACGCCCACGCCCCCCAGCGACGAGAGCAGCAGCUCCUCCGGCAGCUACAGCGUAGAGGGCAGCCGUGACGAUCUGGACAAGAUGCUGGACCAGCACCCACUGUCGCCCGUCCAGAACCACAACAGUAGCAACCACUCCAACCAUUCCAACCACGCGGGCGACAACCACGAGGAGGUGGAGGCACGAGCGGUGGCCGGGGGCGACGAAGAGGAGGAGGAAGAAGAGGAGGAGGAGUACGAGGAGGAGGACGAGGAGGCGGAGGACGACCGCCCCCCCGCCGCCGGCCACCACGACGCCUCCGCCUCCGGGGAAGAUGAGGAAGUGGACCAACAGCACAGCCGCGCUUCCAGUCUCGGCUCCCCCGGCGAUGCUAGGCGAGAGUGGACCGAGGAGGAGCGCCGACGCCGCAAGAAGACGUUCCGGCUGGACUUCUCGCCGCUGGGCGCCGGCCCGCACGCCGACUGGGACUCCCCGCCGUCCACAGGCUCCCGCACAACCCCAGAUGGCUGGCGGCGCGGCGGCACGCCCCCCGGAGCUCCGACACAAGCACCCUCCGCCACUUCCACGGCGCCGCGACGAUCCAAGGUCGCACAGGCGCACCGCCGACAGGCGAAGAAGUGCCUGGCGGCGGGCAUGGUGCGCAGCCCUGCCAUGCACGAGGGCUUCCGCGCGGACGACUGGGCGGCGCCGCUGCAGCGCUCCACGCCAGGCCACAGCCCGCCAGAGGGGGCGGCGCCGGGGGGCGGUAAUGGCGGCGGAGCGGGGGCCGCAGUGGCCGGCGGCGGCACGUCGGACGAGAGCAGUGGCCGGCAGGAGGCGGCGGGGGCGGGACCGGCAGCGGGGGCGGCGGCGGGGACGACGCCCUCCGGUAGCUCGCCGCGCCGCGUGCGCCGCAUCCGCGAGCGCAAGGCGGGCGGCCGCAGCCCCACGCAGGCCAGCUCCCGGCUCAGCCCGCUGCGGUACACGCGCAGCCCGGCCGGCAGUCCGUCCAGGCGGCGGCGCUCCAAGGGCUCCCCUAGCAGGAACACGGCGACCAGUGAUGUAAGGCUGAAUCAUUUGGAGGGCGUGGCCAGCCCCGAGGCGCAGCGGCUGAAGGCGCUGAGCGCGGAGUCCCUGCGCUCGGUGAGCCCGGGCAGCGACAGCGUCUUCUACUCGGAGGCGGGCGAGCUGAGCAGCAACACCAUGACCGCCGCCACCGACACCGCCGCCGGCGUCGUCUGCCACCACUGCGGCCGCGAGGUCGCCGUCCUCUCCGGGCCCGAGGAGCUGGAGAGCACGGCGGCGGACGGCCCGUCGCCGGACAUCGUGCAGCCGCCGGCGGGCUUCGCAGACUCCCCGGAAGGCCCCCGCCAGCAGGCGCAGCAGCAGCAGCAACAGCAGCCGCGCCUCUACAAGAAAGCGGACCGCCGCUUCCGAUCGGAGGAGCGCCACGGCGAGCGACGACACACGCACUCCACCGGCCGCUACCGCUGCGACGGCGCGCGGGCCAAGUCCGAGGAGCGGGGGCGCGGCCGCGAGGACCGCGUGCGCCUCAGGCCCCUGGCGCGCUCCACGGACGCCAGCAUGGAGACGCUGCGCGCCGGCGACGCGACGGCGGCUGCUGAGGACGCGGGGCCGCCCGACGGAGCGCCCGCAGCGCCGCCGGCCGAGGGCGACGAGGACGCGGGUGUGUACGCGGAAACGUACAAGAAAGCAACGUGGAUCUACAUUGGCGAAACUGAAGAGGUGCACGUGUGGCAGAAACCGGAAUCCAGGUCGCAGGACAAAGACGACAAGGCAAGCGACGGGACGAGCGAACGCCGGGACUCGCUCGAGUCGACCAUCUCUGAGCGAGACUUCCGCCGCAAGUACCAGGCCAUCACGCACCGCAUGGUGCACAGGAAGGCCACCGUCGAGAUGUACCGACGCCUCGCUAACGACUCCUUCGCCGACCCACCGCCAGCGGGGCGGACGUCCCUGCGCCGCCACCUGGAGGAGCUGCUCAAGACGAUGCUGAGGGUCUGGGCCAAGCAGGUGGUCGCCGUCUCCGUCACGGGGGGCCGACAGUGCGACUGCGACAAGACGGUGGUAGUGCGGCGGCAGUCCGGGGAGUUCGGCUUCCGCAUCCACGGCUCCAAGCCGGUGGUGGUGUCCGCCAUCGAGCCCGACACCCCUGCCGAGUCGUCGGGGCUGGAGGUGGGCGACAUCGUCAUCACCGUCAACGGCCACGACGUGCUCGACGCCUCCCACUCAGAGGUCGUCAAGCUGGCGCACGCAGCCGGCUCUGAGACGCUGAAGCUGGGCGUGGCCCGCACGGCCAACGUGCUGACGCCGGUGCUGCGCGAGCCUGGCGCGGGCAAGGCGCUCUACUCGGGCUUCCUGUGGCGGCUGGGCGGCGCGGGCGGCACCACCUGGGUGCGCCGCUGGUUCUCCCUCAAGCGCGACAACUGCCUCUACUACUACAAGACUGACGCGGAGAGCCUGCCGCUGGGCGCGCUCAUGCUGCACCGGUACGCGGCGUCGCGCUGCGAGGCGGCCGGACGGCAGCACUGCCUGCAGCUGGCGCGCAAGGGCGGCCUGGGGCUGACGCUGGCCGCAGACUCGGAGGAGGCGCUCACGCGCUGGCUCGCGGUCCUCUCGCACGCCAUCGAGCGCAACAACCACGCGGACGAGUGGCUGGAGGCGACGCAGCGAGCCCUGCGGCUGCCCGCCAGCAGCGUGCUGCAGCCCGACUGCGCCGGCUACCUCACGCAGAUAGGGCCGAAAUGGCGGCGCCGCUUCUGCGUGCUCAAGGACGCCUGUCUCUACUUCUACCAGGACAGCACCGCGGACUCCGCCAUCGGAAUGGCGUGCCUGCACGGCUACCGGGUGCAGAACUGCGGCACGGGUGAGAAGCGCUUGUCCUUCGAGGUCCUGCCGCCCGAUGCUCGCCAGCGACACUUCUACUUCCAUGCAGAAUCGGAGCUCGACAAAAAGAAGUGGUUGGCGGCCCUGGAGUACUCGAUCGACCGGUGGAUCCGCGUGGGCUGACGGCGGUGCCAUGCGUGCCGGCGGCGCGCCCGCUCCCGCUCGCGCUCGCGGCUGCUGUCCGAGGCGGCGCUCGCGGACGCAGAGGCAGACGCAGA